AUGUUCAAGACCAGCUACCUGCGCGAGGUGCGCAAGGAGAAGUACGAGCGCUCCGAUGUCUUCGAGGAGCCCGAGGAGGAGGGGGAGGAGGAGGGGCGCGGGGUCCUCGAGCCCGGAGGCGGAGGGGGGCCGGGCGGAGGGACCGCGCUUCGCCCCUCCGGCCAGGGCUGGGAGAGCCUGCAAGAGCUGAACGAGCGCUUUGCCCGCUACAUCAGCAGAGCGCGAGUGCUGGAGCAACGCAACGCCGUCUUCCGCAAGCAGCUGGAGACGCUGCAGCGCCUGGAGGAGGCGCCGGGACUGGAGGAGGCCUUCGAGGAGCAGAUCAGCCUCCACCGGCGGCGCGUCCGCGAUCUCGCCUCUGACCGCGCCCGACUGGAACGCGAACGCCGAGAUGCCGAGCGCACGCUGGACGAGUUCCACAACAAGUACAGAAAUGAGUGUGAGUACCAGCAGCAGCUUCGCAGCACCCUGGAGCAGCUCAACAAGGAGGCCGACGCCGCCCUGCUGAGAAACCUCGAGUACCAGAUCGAGUCGCAGUUCCUGCAGGAUGACAUCAGUUCCACACGAGACAGACACAAGAAGAAUCUCGCCGAGAUCCAGACCUACGUGAAAAUCCUGAACCAGAUCAAUCAGACGCCCCAUCGGGUUCCCAACAUCUCGCUGGGCUUUUCGGAGGAGCAGGAGAAGCUACUGGUCCAGAGGAGAGUCCCCGCCCUGCGAAGCCAGCUCGAGGAGUACAAGAGCGCCCUCUGCCAGCUGCAGGCGCAGAAACAGCGGCUCCAGACUGAGACCUCGGUCCUGGAGCAGGCCAUCAAGAACACGCAGGAGAGCUACGACGACGAGAUCCAGCUGUACAACGAGCAGAUCGAGUCGCUGCGCAAGGAGAUCGAGGAGGCCGAGCGCUCGCUGGAGAAGUACACCAACGAGUGCCGCCAGCUGGCCAUGUACCAGACCUCCCUGGAGAACGAGCUGGAGCGCUACAAGAGGAUCAUCGAGAACGAGGACACCAGGCUGAACUCUGCAAUCAUCGGGACCCCCGUGGACCUGCUCACCACAGAUUACCGGCACACACCGAUGCCCUCGGCAGCCAGUAGGGGCAGAGACAUCACUCAGGCCAUGCAGGACAUCACCAACAUCAAACCUCGGCAGAAGAACACGGCCAAGAAGGCGUCCAGGAAGAGGGAGCUGUCCCCCAAGGACGUCAUGGACAGCGGCGCGGAGGAGAAGGCGGGUUCGGGCGCGGCCGAGGGCACGGCCGGUAAGGGGGAGGAGCCACACGCGCGUCAGGGCUCGGCCCCUGAUGACGUCCCUGACGGAGCCCAGAUCAGCAAGGCCUUCGACUCGUUGUGCAACAUUGUGCGCGACCGCAUGCGCCGCUACAUGCACCAGGAGCCCAUCGCCGACUUCUACACCAAGGGCCGCUACGUACUCGUGUCAGGCGACUCCAGCUACCAGGACCCCUGCUUCUACUCCUCCUCGCCAUCGGGGGGCCACGUGUUCGUCACCAUCUGUAACGGCAUGGCACCCUAUGACGACCUCUACAGGGGGGCUGCUCCCCGGCCCCACCCCGGCCCGAUGCGCCGGAACCCGGCUCCGCCUCCGAGCGGCCCCGCGGACAGAGGCAGGUUCGUGGGGAAAGGGGGCGGUGGCGGGAAUUGGAGAGGAGCGGGGGACGGCGACAGCGGGGCCCACAGGGACAGACGCGGGGACCCCCAGCCUUGCCCAAAGCCCACCUCUGGGCCCCGCCAGCCUUCUCCUGCGGGGGGCCACAGGGGCAGGGGCCAGCCGGCGUCGUCCCCCUCGAGAAGCAGCCCCCCCGUCGACUCGAUGAGCUACGAGAAGGUGGAGGUGGUGGAGUCCGUGGAGAAGAUCUCCAGCGACAACAAGGUGAGGGGAUACGAGGAGACGGCCACCAUCGUGGAGACCACCAUCGAGAAGACCUCCAAGAAGAAGCGCGCAGACGGCGGCUCCUGAGCUUCCUGCCG